GCUUCCCUCUACGUUCAUUGAGCUAGCCUAACCUUGCAAGCUUGAGAGCUGAAAGUGAAAAGGAAGAUUUCAGACGACCGAGCUUUCCUAACUGUGAAGUUAAAAUCAUUGUAUUUCUUUGCUGUGAUGGUGGCGAAAAUAGUUUAUGAAGAAACAGAAAACUUUGUCAACCAUCAAACAAACCUCUAACCUUUGGUAGCUCAUCCGCAUCAGUUGCUGCGACGGACGCAACCUGCAGAAGAGCUAGACCUCUGAGAGAAGGAAGGACCAACAAGCCAUCAUCAUGGAUGGCAUUUUAUCUUUAGAAUCCACUGAUAUAAAGACUGGUAUUAAGAGGAAGGAUAUCCUACUCAAUAAACCUCAGGUGGAUCAGACAACCAGUCCCAAGAUAGAGGUCAAAGCUGCCCCAGCCGGUGUUAUGUACAAGUUGAGGGAUAUUAACAAAGAGCUGGUUCAAUCUUGGAAGGAGAUAUUCAAGGGUUGUGAUCAAGUAGAGGUUUCGGAAGGUGAUAUUUUUAAGAAUGCACCAGCAGCAGAUGCAAUAGUUUCUCCAGCGAAUAGUUUUGGUUACAUGGAUGGAGGCAUUGAUUUAGCAUACUCUAGACAUUUUGGUUGGCAACUCAUGAAUAGGUUACAAAAAAUGAUCAUGACAGAGAAAGAUGGUGAACUUUUAGUGGGUGAUGCAAUUAUUAUACAAACAUGUCAGCAGUUCUGGGGCAACACAGAGAAGACAUCGUGGGAAGGUUUUAACCAAGGCACACCCAUCAAGUACCUUAUAUCAGCCCCUACUAUGAGGGUACCUAUGGAUGUAUCAGACAGUAUCAAUGCUUACUUAGCAUUUAGAGCUGUCAUAUUAGCAGUACAAAAGCACAAUGCGAAUUCAAGUAAGACCGGUCUCUUGCCUAUAUCUAGUGUUCUAUGUCCAGGACUAGCCACCAAUGUAGGGAUGAUGCCUCCUAAGAAAUGUGCAAAACAGAUGAAGUGUGCGUAUGAAAUUUAUGAAUUAAAAGAAGAUCUAUACCUUCAGAACCCAGAGAGUUUAGGGAGUGUUUGGGAACACCAUCUAUAUAUGAAAUCAGAUGAUGACUAUAAUCCAGAAAUCACAUUUUUAGAAGAGAGCUGAGGUUUGGCCUUCUGUUUGUAAAGUACUCUCUAUCCUUCCUGCCCCCACUCUGCUCUACCCCACCUCACCCGCUCUUUUCCCCCUUUCCCUGGCACCUGUGUAUAGCGCCCUCAACGUUGCUCCAUUACCAGACGUAAUCUCUACACGGCCAUUGCAACAGGGGCAAUCUGACUAUUCAACAUCGGUUGCUUGCACAGAUGAUAUCAUUUUCAAGCUGUACUCCCAGCUAUCGGCUACCUGGAUCAACCGCUUCCAUGUAUGUCAUGUUUGAACAUUAUCAACAAUUGAGCUGCAAGAAAUAAGUUUUUCUUGUAAUACAUGAGCUCCAAUGUGUAUGCAUGAUGAUUUCGGACAACAUCAAAGAUUACUACAGUUGCAGGGUUUUUAUCCUGUACUACAAUAAGCCAUUACUGGCUAGAAUUGUGGAUGAUGUUUGAAGAUAUUCAGCAAUUUCUGCUAGGAGCAAGUUCUUUUCUGUUAAUACAUCCAACUCGAAUAUGAUAUGACAAUGUUUGGAUGGGUUCAGCAAUUGCUACAAAUACAAUUUUUUUUCUUGUACCACAACAAGCUGUGACUGGCCAGAACUGUGAAUGAUCUUUGGACAACUUCAGUGAUUGCUGCAAGGACAGCUUUUCAUUUACAAUACCAGUGACGGCUCAUACGUUACUACAUCACAUGCAUGGGAAUAGACUAUCGUCAAUAUCACAGCUUUGGUAUGCACGGUGGAAUGGAAUUCAGUUUUGAAUGAGCAGGACACUUCAAGUCUACACAUGCUACACGUCCAGAGCUACAGUGAGCCAGGAAAACUCCAAUGAUCGAUACUACAGUGAUGAGUCCUGAGGAGAAAUUCAUGAUGUAAUAAGGUCCAACCUGAUUGUUUAUUUUGUUCCUACAUUGUUUUUAUAGCUUUUGUUGUCAUUUUGCAGACUAUCAUCAUGCGUAUAUUGAAAAACACUGAAUAACAAGUGAAUUUUUAAAUGGUGUUUACCCCACUAAGCUGCCCAAUGCCCUGUAAAACACAACUUGAUCAUAAGUCUGAUUUUUAUGAUUACUUGCAUUAUAAUAAAUGCAUUGAUUAGUAUGUACAAUUGAUCAUAGGAUUCAACUAUAUGAUCAACUGCUAUGAUAUGUGCUUCAGGGCCCUUAUCACGAAAUGGUCUCUCACAUACGCAUCAAUGUCUAUUAGAUAAUUGGCCCCUCAUAAAUGCUAUAUAUUUUUUUAUUAUGUGUGGAAUCUAAAGUAAAUCACUGACCACAAACAGAGCACACUACAAUGCAUUGGAAGUAUAAAAAGCAUUCAUUUCUUAUCUGACCUUCUGCUGAAAAAAAUGAGCAACAGUUGUUUUCUUAACCACUUAGGUAGUGUUGUGUUUCUACCAACUGCAAACAUACAUGUCCUUAUGCGGAGUAAUUACUCAAUUAUUACUUUCUGUGUAUGCAAAAUGUGCUUAAAUGUGACCUCCAUAUAUAGUGUACAUAAGACUUGAAUGAUGUACGUGUAUCUAUUUCUUAUAACAAAGGCAAUACAGAUAAUGUACAUUGGCUGAUGCGUUCAACUGCAUAUAACAUGCAGUGGUAUUGUGUUUUUUUUUACGCUGCAUGUUCAUGUCAGGCCUGGAUGUUAUAUCCAGCAAAGUUUUUUUUUUUGCCUUACUUUGAAUAUUUUUAAAGAUGGCACUGGCAGGAUCAUGUUUUUGCGAAUGUACAUGAACAGAUGUGUAAAGAAAGAAUGAGUUUUGAUAUUCUUAAUUCUGUGUGUGUAUUUGCUACAUGUUACAAAGUAAAUGAUGCAGAAACUUCUUAUGGUAAAUGGUGAAUGGUGGUUAUUUUUUACCUGAUUGCUAUUAAAGCAUUGAAUGCUUGUAAGCAAGCAACCAGAGGACCGACGGCUUAAGGUCCUCUCCGAGGAACCUGGUAAUGUGGAUCAAUGCCUCACCAAAGGGCAUGUGCACCAAGAAGGAAUCAAACCCGGGUCACCGGGAUCCGAAACUCCCGCUCUAUCAACUGAGCUAUCGCGUUAAAUGUUAAUGCCGAAAGACUAUGGAUAUAAUAAUAGCAUACAUAUUUCUUUUAGGUAUCUACCUAGGCUUUAAGGAAUUCUGUUCUCAGUGAAUUAUAUUUUGAUAAUGAAAUAAGCAAAAUUUGUAUAGCUCAUCAUACAAAUAUUUCUAAGUGCUGCAUAUUAUUCCUAUGGCUUUAGCACGGCUACCAUGAUCAGGUGCUUUAGCAUUCAAGGGAAUCCCAUGAUGUCAUUCAUAUUGAAACUUUGAACAAGAAUCCUUUAUUUCAGAAUUAAUGCAGAUAAUAUUUGGCAAUAUCAUUUCAUCUUAAUAACUGAUUCCUUCAAGAAAAUGUUGGAUUGUUUUGUAACACCAUAAAUGCAGUGUUUGGCAGAACCAUUUUACAUGUUGUUUGUCCUUUAUAUAUGAAUGUACAUAUGAGUGUACAUGCAGUCUCUUUAGAUUUAAAUGGAAGAAAUCUCUGCACUCAAUAUUUACAUAAAAAUAAAUAUUCACUAACCUAUAUUGAUUGAAGCUCUUCAUUGAACGAUGCAAUAUUUAAUCCUCAAAUAAAUAUAAAAACCUGAGUAUGAUAUUAGACAUGCGGGCAAAGUAUGUAUAAAGAAUCUAUGUUUCUAGAAAGCAAUUAUUGAGUGAGAGAAUAGAGUAUCAUUUACAAUGUCAUGAUGUCUCAAUGAAGAUUGAUUUAUGAAGUUUUGGAACUACUGCCAGUGUGCUUUUAUGAAGGGGACGAAAUAGAUUCUAUAGUUUGUACUUAUUGUGAUUAUUUUUAUUUAUAUUUGAUCAAAGAGAAUGAAAUCGAAUCAUAUGUUUGGAUACCGAGGUGUGACCAAUGUUGUGAUGAACACAGUGUGACCAAUAUGUGCAUCUUACCUGUUUACAACCUGUUGUAGGCAAGUCCAGAUUUAGUAAGGUCUACAAAAUAAUAAAAUUUAAUCAGAAACCGUAUUUACUGUAUUUCCUACACAUGUAGGUGCAAAAAAAGGUGUUAGGUUUUGGAGGAUAGGAGUAUACCACUUGAAAAAUUGUAAAAUAAUGUGUGAGACCUGAGCGAAAAAAAGGCAUGAAAUAAUGCGGCCAUUUCUUUUGGCAGUGGCCACCAGGGCUAAUUUCUAUAUUAACAUGCACAAAUAAAAAACUUUAUUUGUAUACUAAAUUAGUAAUUAACAAUUGUACAUAAUACAAACACAACAAUCAACUUGUGAUUUGAUUCAAUACACAAAGGAAUAUUCAGAAAUUAACUUGCCAAUGUGUAUAUCUCAUCUGUCUUUGCCAUUAAGUUCCAUUAUACUUUUUAUAAACUCUUUUUUGUGCUCAAAAUUAUGAUGAUAGUGAAGACUAAAUAUGAUAACGAAGAAUGGUAUUCUAUGGAAAAAAGAAAGCACAAAUUACAUAUUUUCUUAAAGAUUAUUCUUAUAUUUUUAGUAGCAAUGUGGAGGUGGUUGAUAUGGGAUAAAUUUUAAAUAUUUGUUGUGAGUAAAAAAAGUAUGUAUGAAUUUACAUAAGGUUUGGUUACUCGACUGCUAUAUGUACAGUCAAGUUGUUAUUUGAUACAUACAGUUUUACAUAUGAAUGCUUCUGAUUUUAAAGGAAUAAGGAUUCAAUUAUUUUGAUGUACAUUCACAAUAAUAAUAAUGCAGUUAUUUUAUAACACAUCAAUUCAUGACACAACAUCCCUAUUAAGUUAAUAUUCUGUUAAUGACAGCAUGGGUCAUAUUUACUUUUUUGUUGUUGUUGAGUUCUACUAUUGUUGAACGAGUCAUGUGGAUCCGACUGUUUUUUCACAUUUUGUUGUUAUGAUCGUAGCAAUUUGAAUGGCUUCUAAUGGUAUGUAUGUGCACUAUAGUGACCUUAGUUGGUUCAGCCACCAGAGAGAGAGAGAGAUUGAAGGAGUAUAUUCAUAUUUGUAUACAAGCAGUCGGCCUUCUUAUCAGAUAGUCCAAUAACCACAUCGACAUGGGCUAAACCAGUAAACGUUAGACUUGUGACUUGAUCUCAUAUCUACUUACAUGUAGUCUAAUUCAUAGUUACUUGCUUGCCCAGAUGGGCUAUUUUCCUCUUUAGUUCGUAAACAGCUCAUCUAUAAAGCAUGGCUAUAAGACAAAACUGAAAAUCAGACAAAGUGGUGAAUGAGGUAAAUGGCAACUGGACCACAUGGUUUGUAGAUGGUCGUAGAUGAACUAUAAUUACAUGUAGAUCAUGAUGAAUUAGACCUAACAUAACAAAACAGGUGUAGACUAAUUUGAAACGUAGUGAGAUAAAAUGACAUAACUCAGAAAGUAUAUGAACCUAGUUCAUGAAACUUGGACAUAGAGUAAUGAAAUAUUACUGAAUAUCCUGCCCAAGUUUCAGGUCACAUGACCAAGGUCAAAGGUCAUUUAGGGUCAAUGAACUUUGGCCAAGUUGGUAUUUGUUGAAUUGGCAUCAUAACUUAGAAAGUUUAUGGAUCUAAUUCAUGAAACAUAGACAUAAGGGUAAUCAAGUAUAAAUGAUUGUUUUGCACACAUUGUAGGUCACAUGAUCAUGGUCAAAGGUCAUUUUGCGUCAAUGGACCUAGUAUUUUAUUAUCAUAUGAAUAUUUUCUUUUGUGAAUAAUUAUUCAAUAGCUGUUUUCAAAGCCAGCAGUGCUGCUAUAUCUUAUCGCGUAAUGCAGGCGAGACUGCCAGAGGCGUUCCACUUGUUUUAUUAAUAGACAAACAAUAAAACGAUUAGUUUACAUUAAAUAUGCUAUCCAAAUUUGAUAUCAAAGUUUGACAAUCUCGCAUUUCAGAAUUAUCAGAUUGGAUCUAAUGGUCAAAUUUAAAGUGCAACCACUGUUUUAUGUUUUGGGGAGGGGUUCAUUGGUAUAACACAUUUUUGUGUUUAUCUUUGACACAUUUUGAGGAUAACGGCAUUUACUUUGUGUAUAUGAUAUAUGCACAGGAAAGGAAUGAUAUAUGCACAUGAAAGGAAUGCCCAAUAUAAAGAUGUGUUAUUUGUUUACUUUAUUGUCUAGUAUGUUCUUUCUGUUAAUUUUCUUUUUUUAACUAUUUGGUUUUAUGUUUACCUUUUAAUAUACAUGUAGCUAAUUUGAAAUUCAAAGUGAAUAUACCAAAUGAACCGUAUUUUGCUUUUUUAUUACAUGUAUGAUGCUGAGAAAAAGAAAAUGAUGAAUUGUACCUCAUUCAAUAUGUAGUUGUAGCAUCGAAAAGUAACUCUUGAAUAUUAAGAGCUUCUUUGCUUUGAUCUAUCCAUUGCCAUAAUUACUUUUUAAACUGUUGCACAAACUCUAUAAGCACAAUGUUUUGCAAGAAUUAAUAGUUACAUGGAAGUCUAGAAGAAAAAAAAUUGUUAUUAUUGAAAUGCCUUGCCUCUAAGGCAUCAAGCUUUUAUGUUAUGUAUGUUACAGAUAUUUUGACAUCCAUGUAUUCUUAAAAUAUGAUUUUACUUUUCAUCAUGAAUAUAUGUUUCGAGAUGUCUAUUAAAUUAACAAUGUGAGAAUGAAUCUCACGGUAUACUUGCAUCAUGUUGGAAUUGUACAAGUACAGUUAAUAUCGUUUGGGAAUAACAUGUUUGCCUGUUGAAACGUGGUAUCUAUAAAUAUAAACAUUUUGAGGACAGGUCAGAAAAGGAUGUAUUUUAGAAUCGUAACAAGGGUGGCAGCAUCAUAUUGUCUGAAAACUGUCCCCUAAUUCCUGUGAACUCUUUCUCGGCAAAAGCAGGUUGCCACUUCUGUCAUAACUCUGAAUAUACAUCCGUAUGCUGAAUUGCUAAUAUUUGUGAUAUAGGGGCCUGGUGCCUUUUAAAAUUGUAUCUGAUUGUAAGGCAUGAUUGUAGUAUAACAAGAUUAUGUGGUCUUAUGUAAAAUGAAAAAAAAAGGAAGAAAAGGAGGUAUCCGAAAGGAUGAGUUUUAAGUUACUGAAAAAUGAAAAAAACUCACUGGUUUAUUUCCAAUUGGUCUAAUGCCAAUUCGUCCAAUUGCCAACUCGUCUACUGUCAUUUGGUCUACCAUCAGUUCGUCCACUCACCACAUGGUCUACUUUCAUUUAUUCUAAUGCCAUUCCGUCUAAUAAUCAGUUGGUCCAAUAGCCAUUUAGUCCAUAUACCAUUUGGUAUAAUUGGACUAAGUGUUAAAAUUGUGCAAAAUGAAUGAAAAUGAAAUGGAUAUUAGACCAACUGGUUAUGAGACGAAAUGGUCAUAGACGAAAUGGUGAUUAGACGAAUUGUUGAUGGACAGAAUGGCAUUAGAUUAAAUGAAAGUAGAACAUGUGAGUGGACGAAUUUACCCACUCACUUUCCAGUGAAGUUGAUAUAUAUUUUUUGUGCUGCUAUUGUAUGUGUUAUAGUAAUGUGAUUCUAAUUGUUUAUUCCAGUGGAAAUGAAUAUGAUUUCAUUUUUCAUUCGAGUGGAUGAGGUUUGAACUGUGUAAUACUGAGAAUGAGAAAUAAAACUACAGACUAGACUGAA